GGGAGGCGGAGGCGCCCGGGCCAACUGCUGAAGCGUCUCCAUGUGACAGUGAGCGGGGUCGUAACUCCUGGCGCCGCCCGACUCUGGUUCUUGACCCAAAGCACUGUCCCUUGUCCCGGCGCCAGUAGGCAACAACAGGCUAGGACGCUUGGUGUCUGGCCGUGCCGCCGGAGGAAUUGCCUCGGCGGGGUCAGGUGCCUGAGGGACCCUGCGGAGACCCCGGAGUCUCCGGAGAGAGGCGGAGCGGGGAUUUCUCUCAGCACCGGCGUCCCAGAGCGCGGAGACAUGAACGGUUUCACGCCUGAGGAGAUGAGCCGCGGCGGGGACGCGGCCGCCGCAGUGGCCGCCGUGGUCGCUGCCGCCGCGGCUGCCGCCGCUUCGGCGGGGAACGGGGCAGGGGCCGGCGCCGGGGCUGAGGUGCCCGGUGCCGGGGCCGUCUCUGCGGCCGGGCCCCCGGGAGCGGCCGGGCCCGGCCCCGGACAGCUGUGCUGUCUGCGGGAGGACGGUGAGCGGUGCGGCCGGGCGGCUGGCAACGCCAGCUUCAGCAAGAGGAUCCAGAAGAGCAUCUCCCAGAAGAAGGUGAAAAUCGAGCUGGAUAAGAGCGCAAGGCAUCUUUACAUUUGUGAUUAUCAUAAAAACUUAAUUCAGAGUGUUCGAAACAGAAGAAAGAGAAAAGGGAGCGAUGAUGAUGGAGGAGAUUCACCUGUUCAAGAUAUUGAUACUCCUGAGGUUGAUUUAUACCAAUUACAAGUCAAUACACUUCGGAGAUACAAAAGACACUUCAAACUAUCAACCAGACCAGGACUUAAUAAAGCACAACUUGUUGAGAUAGUUGGUUGCCACUUUAGGUCUAUUCCAGUGAAUGAAAAGGAUACCUUAACAUAUUUCAUCUACUCAGUGAAGAAUGACAAGAACAAAUCAGAUCUCAAGGUUGAUAGUAGUGUUCACUAGAAGAGAUGGAAUUGAGACUAAGACUUGGAUGUUCCGACGUUAAGACUGUUUACUGUUUUUUCACAUGUAGAAAUGUUCCUUGUGUAUUUUUUUACAGAGGAUUUUCUCUGGUUUUAUUUUCUUUGUUUCUGACUCUUAAUAAAUUAGUUGGAAACUCGUGUAAAAUGAGCUUUCCUAGAUUGAAAAAUAUUUUAAAUAAAGGUGAUUACUAUUAUA